UUUAUACUUAUGUUUAUUCAUCUAAUUUAUUCAAUAAGCUUCUCAUCAUUUGGACCGGCAUUUGUUGACCUGACCUACACGUUGGACGUCUCGUUGCAAUUGGUCUCAAUAUUUCCCACUGUACUAGCAGUUGGUCAUAUAACUGGGACAUUGUUUGGUUUGAUCUACAAAUUUUUCAAUCGUCAACUGAUAAUUACAUUGCUGCUAUACUUGAUGACACUAUCUAGUACAUCGGUACCAUUUACUACAACUAUUUGGCAAUACUAUUUGUGUGCACUGGGCUAUGGUAUUGGAUCGGGCGCAUGGAUGACCACCUAUAAUGUCUGGCUUAUGGAAAUGUGGCAAGAUAAAUCGGAACGUGUACUGUUUAUAUCGCAGCUUAUCUAUGGUAUCGGUGCUACUAUUGGACCAUUUAUUGAUGCCCCGUAUCUUACGGGCGAUAAUCAGGACAUUACGGUAGCUGAACGUAAGGCUAAACUUUUUGUACCGUUUGUAAUAAUAGGCGGCAUUCAAGUGAUAUUUCCCAUAAUAAUGACAAUCAUGUUUUUCUUGCACCGAUAUCACAAACAAAACAUACUAGAAGACGAUACCAGUGCUCAGAGUGUUGACUAUAAGUCUAAAAAACUUUUUGAUAAAUCAGAUCCUAUUACCAAAUAUACGGUUGUUGUUUUGGCUGCCGUAUCCCUGGCCUCUAUAAACUCACUGGAAUUGGUAUACUUUAAUUUUGGGUCGACAUUUUUCCAGAAGAUACCGGUGCAUAUGUCGGCAACCAUAGCUGCCAAUGUUAUCUCGACGCUGUCCAGUGUCUACACUGCGUGUCAAGUGAUAAAUCUGGGAAUAGCUUUACUAAUUAACCGAAACAUUAUGAUUGCUUAUCACUAUGUUAUUACCAGUGUUGCCAUAAUUGCACUGAUAUUUGUACAAUACUCGGUGCCGGGUGUAUGGGUAUUGGCUGUUAUCGUAGGCUAUGGGUUUUCUCUGCUCUAUCCGGGUAUAUUGGCAUCAGUGGGUACAAAACUAACCAUCAACAAUAGGGUGGGCACUAUUAUAUGGUUUAUAUCGGGUGCCUUUAAUUUUGUGCCGCCACUAAUAUUAGGUCCACUGUUGGAGUCGUUUCCUAUGAUUUUUGUUGUCACACAAGUUAUAUACUUAAUAAUUAGUGCAAUGUUUUUAAUAUAA